AUGUCAAAUGAUGAGAAGUCCAAGAAAGAUAGACAGUCAUCUUUAAAGUCAAUUGGUACGUAUAAUAAUAGUACCAGCAAAAAUAGUAGAUAUGGGGAAUCAGACUCAAGAGAGAAUAUUUUAAAUAGAAAUGCUACAAAUCGAACUACAGAGGAAGAAGAAAUUGAUAAUAAAACAGAUCAUUUUGACGACAAUGCAAAGGGAAGUUUUACAUACAAUCAACUUAAUCCGAUCACCGAAAAUUUAGAAGUGGACAAUUCGUGGGUUGGUGCUAAUAAUAGGGAUAACGUAUUCUGCAACAAAAUUAUUGAUGAUACUAUUAAAACAAAAUCUCCAGGGAAACUACGUAGGUUUAAAAAUUAUUUCAAAAGCAUAUUAGUUAAUAAAGCAAGACAAAAUGGAAUUAAUAAAAUUAAUACGAAUGAUAAGUUGAUAAAAAAACAAUUGUACAGGUCUGUUUCAAAUAAUUCCUCAAUUUUACCGGUUAAAAGAUCCCCAUCAGGGACAUUAAUAAGCCCAAGGAUUCUUUCAGGCUCACUACUUAGUCCUGGAAUAAUAUCAGCCUCAAUAAAUCCCUGUAGUAGCCUUGAAUCCAAUUCAGCACGAUAUAGAAGUAACAAUUAUGAUAGUUUUAAUGCCUGGAGUAGUAAUAGGAAUAGAUCCACUUUAAAUAGAGAUCUUGAAGCAAAAGUAGAAAACCUAGAAGAACCCAUUGGAGUUAACUAUGGUGAUGACGAUGAAUACUACGAGGAUGGUGAUGGUGAUAGACCUGGAAGUUUUCAAAAUGAGGAUAUGUAUAAGCCUGAUUCAAGUCAAAUAUCUGCAUUGUAUAAUUGUAUCAUGAACAAUAAAACUGAAAUAAACAACUAUUAUGAAGAAGUCACUCCUUCAAAUACAAAUACCAGUUCAAAAUUAGUAGAUUCAAAAUCAUAUGAUUCCAAUUUGGAGAUUGUAAAAAUACUAAAAAGUCUAAAAUUAUCAUCAGAAGAUAGUAAUAAUGCUCAUGAAGACGGAAAUGUCGGUCAACUUGAUGUUGAAUGUAUGACACAUAGAAGCCAUAAAGAAAUUGAUAGUAUACCAUCUUUAAGUAAAACUUCGCAAAGGUAUCGUAAAACUAGCAUUGUUGAUUUUAACAAGAUAUUAUCUCAAAAAAAUUCAGAUGCUGAAAAGUUUUCUUGUACAUUGGAAUUGGAAUUACCAACCUAUACAUCUAAUGGUAACCUUUCUGAUACUAAACAAAAUGACAAUGUACGAAAGUUAAAAAGUAAUGUUCAAAUAUCAAUCAGUAGUAACAUCGAUUUAAAAUUCAACAAAAAUGAAAAUGAUAUAAACACUGAUGAAAUAGAAAGGAUUCUUCCACCAGGUAUUAGCUCCUACUUGAACAGAAAUACCCUCAAUAGGGAUACUGAUCCAAAAGGUACUUCAGAUAUACCUUAUAUUCAAAGUGAGCCUGGUUCCAGUGAAUCUGAAAAUAAAUCGAGCAGUGACAAAGAGAGUACGAAUACAGUCGAUAGUUACACGAGAGAAGAACUAGAAUUAACAAUGUUAACAGAUACACUUUCUAAACUAAAGCUCUCUGAUGAAGAACGAUUGAAUACUAAUUCUGUAAGAAGAGACUGUGAUAUACUUGCUGUUAAUAAAUUAGAAUAUAUAAAUAACUAUAUCUUGCAAGCAGAUGAAGAAGAUCCUAUUUAUGAUGAAGAGUUUGUUCAAGAUGACACAAAUCCGGUAACUAACCCCAAUGUUUUGCCAUGUGAGUGUAACAAUAUCCAAAAUGUUGGUGCACAAUAUUAUACAGAAUUUGAUAAUUGUACAGAAAUAAAAGUUCCGCCAAACUAUAUUACACUUUAUGGGUCAAAUAUCCAAACAUCAACAACAGAAAAUAAUGUAAGAUUGAAUUUAUUUGAAAGUUCAAGUACCGGAUAUGAUUUUGUUUUUAGAUUACCUAGGCGACAAACCUCUCCAAACAGUAAUGAUUCUAGCAACGAAAUAGCGCAUACAGGGAUUCCAGAAUUGAACCAGGGUGGAAUUCACGAUUCAAACUUUAAUUCUAUUUCUCCCACAAGUUAUCAAUCAUAUAAUAUAUCAGAUUAUUCUUGGGUGUUUAGCCCUCCAUACAAGGAAGGAGAAGCUUUUGAAUUAAAAGCCGCUAAAAGGUCACGUAAAAUAUUUGAACUACCUUUUGCUGACACCUCAAAGCUUUCCCCUCAAAGAAGAAAUAUUUCUAAUUAUAAGAUCUUCCUAAGGAAUUUUAAAUAUGAUAAAUCAAGAUCGCAGAUAAAAAAUGCAUAUGUUAACAAGUUGACUAAUAAAAAAUUAGAUAAGAUUGUAUCUAAGAGCUUAUUUGAAAGUCUCAAAAAAAAUUUCAAACCAAAUAUAUGGCAGAGUUCCAAUUACAAUUCGACAAAAAUAUCACAAGUGAGUUCUUUUAGAGAAUUUGAUAUUGUGAGUGACAUGACUAUCAAAAAUAUAAAAGAUAAGGGAGAACAAAAGAAAGUGUUUAAAAUAACACAUUAUGAUGUCCAUGACAAUUCACCAUGUAAUUCUUUUGAGGGCAGUGGAAAGAAUAGUGAUUUUGAAUCUGGUAGUGUUAUUUCAAAUGCAAAAUAA